GCACACUGACUAACCCUACCCAAACUCCAUCGUCCAGAUCCAGAACGCGCAUCUGCCUCCUCAGUGCCUCACUGCCUCUUUCACACUCAGUCCAGGGCUCCUCUCUUCGAGCUCCUGGUCGUCCGUCCAGCCACCGCCUGCUACCGCCGCCGUCGGAACUUCGAACAGCCACCGCAUGCUCCCUCACUUCCCCUCCAUCGCGCCGCAGCCAUCGCAACCUUCCAUCGCGCAGCCACCGUGCGAAUGUGGAAGCCUCUGUCGCGCAGGUUCCUCACUUCUCCUCCUCCUCCUCCUCAUUCAGAUACAGGUAUACAGCGCCCCACCCCCAAAACACAAACCCUAGGUUACUCCCCCACUGCCGCAAGGGUCUCACUCAACGCCGCCGUUGCGCUCAGACACCAUCGUGUCUUCGUCCGGUCGUCUGCGGCUCCACGCUUCUUCCUCAUUCAACAAUUGUCCAUUCAACCAAAGCAAACAUUUCAUUUGUGAACCGCUAAAUCGGCUGGAUCGAACCGAAACCCAACCGGUUUCCAUGAAAUGGUGUCGUUUGGAGUUAAAAAAGAAAACAGAUUCCUUUCUGCCCAAUUGCACGGCGCCCCAGCCCCUUCUCCUCACACUGACUCGCACGUUCCUCCGGAAGUUCAGAGCUUUUUGGUUUUGCCCUCAAACAAACCCCAGCCAUCUAACCUCCACCACUGCCGCAGGGACUGGGACUGGGACACUGGGACCACCACCACCACCUCUGUUCACUCUCACGGUCUCACCAGUCACAGCUUCUUCCUCGAGCUCAGCGUCUGUCAUUGUCUUGUCUGCUCAGCUGCGGUUUCGCCGCCGUCCGUCGCGCUCAGGAGCUUCCUGUCAUCGUCUGGUCGUCGUGCUCCAAGUCUCCAACCCCUCUCCUCAUUCACCAAUCGCAGCUUCUGCAUCUGGUCUUCGUCUGCUCAGCCGCGCUUCUGCCGCCGUCCCUGUGCUUGUCGCCUGGUCGCCUUUGUCCGUUGCGCUCAACCGCUCUCCCUCGCACUCUGCCCAGACUGCUCAGAUCGAAGGCAUGCGCUUGGUGGCUUUGAUGGAAGCACAAUGGUGUUGACCAUUGAAGUGUUUGAUCCUCGUGCGAAGCAUGGAUAACCGGGGAACAAAUGAAUCAUCCUAGGGAAUAUUUUGCUGCUGCUGUUGUUAAAGAGUCUAUACAUGUAAUUGGGGGAGUCAAGGUUGGAGAGAACAUUAUAGAAACGGUACAUUUGUCUACUAACACUAGUCUUAAUUGUAAUUCAUUGGCACCUGUUCUAUGCUGUGCUAAUUGCACAAAAAUGGUUGGAAAAAUGUGUUUUUGUUCGGCUAUAGCUCUUUAGGAAGCACAACAAAAGGUUAUACAAAGAGGUAACUUUCUAAUGAUGUCAUAUAAAAGUUCUUCAUAAGCAUUUUAUUUAAUCAUGAAGGAAUAUUUGUUUAUCCUUGACUCUGGAUUGUCACCUGUAAAGAAAUGUUUCAACAUUCAUUUAUUGUUUUUUAUCAUAGUACAUAAAAUAUUCUUGACUUUGUUAUUGUUAUUGUUAUUUGACUUUUGAGUUUGUAUUUGAAUGAGAUUAUAACAUUGUGGUUGAUGUAAUACUUUUAAUUUGGAUGACAUUUUAAAGUUUAUAUUAGACUAUAAUUAUGUUUUAGUGUGUUUAUUUAUAUUUUAUUUAUUAUUUUUUGUAAAAUGGUUAUUCCAGUUAGGUUACGGUUAAACCAGUGAACCAGUAGCUAGAUCAGUUAGAUGACCGGUUUGGUUUUCAGAACCUUGCUAUUAUCCAUUUCUGUUUUCUAUCCAUUGGGCUAAACUCAAGUAUACUCAUUCCGUUGACUUCCAUUCAAUGAAAAGUUUCUCUCCAGAUGUUUUCCAGAAUGAUUUAGUUGGCACACUAAUGAUAGGCUUGGGGUGUUUGGUGUAAUAAAUUUUUGGCCAUGUUAGAGUGUGGUGGUAAUUGGUAAAUCCUACAUUCUUCCAUGUUACAAUUGUUUUGCUAUUAUUUCAGUACUCUAAAUAUAUUCCUCUGAAUAAUGCUAUUGAAUACCUUUUUAUACACUAUGCAUAUCUCUUUGUCCAUCAAGUGUUAGCUUUUAUCUCCUUUUUCUUCUCUUGGUCGAAUCUAAUCUCAUAUCAUCAAAAUUAGCCAGGAAUCUUAAUGUAGAAGUAAUCGCAAUUACUUUAGACUAUCUCUAUCUUUCCUUUUUAAUGCCCUUCCAAGCUUGUAUCGUUCUUGUUGGCAUU